AUGCAUGUGCGCUCAAUCUUUGAACCUGCAACCCAAUUUAACCAAUCUGAGGAUGGUCUUGCAAAAACUGCCCCGUGGCGAGCCGAAAUAGAAAAAAAACCGGUCGGUGGAUGGUCCCGCUCCACCCGAACGAGUGCAUCGAGCCUGGGUGGCAGUACCGGAAACGUGGCCAAUAUCCUUUGCCGAUUUGAUUCUGCCAAACGUCAAACAAUGUCCAGCACCAGCACCAACACCAGCCGAGAAUCUAUCACAUCUUUUUCAUCGUCCUCUUCAUCGUCCUCAUUCUCCUUGCCUGCUCAUGAUGACACUGAAAAGAGGUCUUUUAAUCGACAAUCGCAACAACCGCAACAAUCGCAACAAUCACGACUGUCACGACUAUCACGACAAUCACAAAUACAACCUCAAGCUCAAGCACAAUCACAAUCACCACUAUCCCCAUCCCCAUCUCCAGUUACACUAAACUCACGACCACAAUCACAGCCAUACAAAUCUACCCCCCCUCUACCAAUAACUCUACCGCUACAGCCACGACCUCGAUCACAGCCACAGCCACAGCCACAGAAACAGCCACAGCCACAGAAACAAUCUCAACCUCAACCUCAAUCGCCCAUUUCUAUUCUCUCUCCAUCAUCAGUACAAAUACCAACAGUACCAGAAUCCCUUUUACCUUCUGCAAACUCAUACUUGUCGAAAAGGGCAAGGGGUGGACUGCAUGAACCAAUACAAAGCCCAGUUUAUGAUUACCCCACAGCACAGAUUAGAAUCACAGAACUUGAAAAGAAAUCUAAAGGCGACGACAGGAUUAUCAAAUACUAUGAGCUGCAGGUGGAAUGUCUAAAAGAUAAACUCGAGCAAGUCUCAAAGAAGUGCAAUGAUCUUGAAAAGAUGUUAUUGUGUAACCAGCUGCAAUCUACUGAGGAAAAGGCUCCACAGAAUGUUUCACAACCACAGAAAACAUUAUUAUUCUCACUUCCAGAUGUGAAUAGCCUUGAAGUUGAACUUGAGCAAAACUUGGCUGCAUGCCAGGAUUGGGCCAACAAGAUGGUUCAGAUGUACACAAAUGAUCUGACAAGACAGAUACUGGAGCGCAACCGGCUGCACAAAGUUGUUCUCAAGCAAAAUGAGCUCAUCGAACAGCUGGACAGCAAAAUCGAGGAUUUGAUCCAACCCGUCCAGGAAAACUUGGCCGUCGAAGAGCUUUUGGAAGCCCAGAUGUCGCUGCAGUCCGAUGAGUUGGAGAACAAGCGAUUGAUUCUCGACAGCCUGCUCAACGAACGAGAGGCCUGGAUGGACCAGAUGGAGCCCAACAAGCCUAAUCGAAUGCGCUCCCAUUCUGCACCACGGUCGUCGAUUGACAUCCUGACGCGGAUGUCAAUGUCAGACGCCUUCCUUGUAGCCUCACCUCCGUCCCGCCUAUCCUUACAUGCUGCUGGCGCCACACAUCCUUGGACUGCUCCUCCAACUGCUCCUCCGUGCUCUCCACUACCUCCCUUGCCAUCUCACAAACGAUCGUCUUCUUCGACUCCUUACAAGUCAAGCCCCCUCUCGGCCUCUCCCUCAGUCUCGUCUCUUAAUCAAUUUGACGACCCCAAUAACCCCCAUAACUCCCACAAUUCCAACAAAAACAAGACCAACAAAACCAAUUCUCCGCGUCUGACUAGUAGCUCAAGUUGCCACAGUAUUGCAAGCACGGCCACAAGUACAAAGUCUCUUCGAAAAACAAGCAUAAUAUGGAACAGAUUAAAGAAUCUUAAUACAAACAUUACAUACCUACCAACUCUCUAA